AUGACUGAUGUCACCGGAAGCUCAGUGGUGAGUCCUUCCAGUGCUUUUGAUAUGGGAGCAUUCGUUGGCGACUUAACCAUCGAAGAGGAUCUAAAUGGUGAUGAUAUAUCGUUGGAAGGACUACAGCAAGAGCUUGAGGAAUGUAAGAAUGAUGAAGUAGUUGCAAAUAUACUAUCUAAAGGUACAAAACUUAGAGAUUAUACCAAGGGAGUUGAGAAUGAUUUACGCAAAGUGGAGUUGGAUUCAAUUCAGGAUUAUAUUAAAGAAAGUGAUAAUCUAGUCUCUCUUCAUGAUCAAAUUCGAGAUUGUGAUAAUAUCUUGUCACAUAUGGAAACUCUGCUAAGUGGAUUUCAGGCUGAAAUUGGUUCCAUAAGUUCGGACAUUAAAAUUCUACAGGAGAAGUCUAUGGAUAUGGGUUUGAGGCUUAAGAAUCGCAAGGUGGCUGAAUCGAAGUUGGCUAAAUUUGUAGAAGACAUAAUUAUCCCUCCGAGGAUGGUGGACAUCCUUAUUGAUGGAGAGGUCAAUGAGGAAUACUUAAGAACUCUUGAGAUUCUGAGUAAGAAACUGAAGUUUGUAGAAGUGGACACAAUGGUUAAAGCUUCAAAAGCUCUUAAAGAUGUUCAGCCUGAGCUUGAAAAACUUCGGCAGAAAGCAGUCUCAAAGGUGUUUGACUUCAUUGUUCAGAAACUCUAUGCAUUGAGAAAACCCAAAACAAAUAUCCAAAUACUUCAGCAAAGUGUCCUUUUAAAGUACAAGUAUGUUGUUAACUUCCUCAAGGAACAUGGCAAGGAAGUAUAUAAUGAAGUUCGUGCAGCUUAUAUUGAUACAAUGAAUAAGGUUCUCAGUGCUCAUUUCCGUGCCUAUAUACAAGCAUUAGAGAAACUGCAACUUGAUAUAGCAACAUCCAAUGAUUUAAUUGGUGUAGAGACAAGAAGCGGUGGUCUUUUUGCAAGAGCCUGGGAACCGUUAAAGAAUCGAUCUGCUGUUUUUGCUCUUGGGGAUAGGAUUAAUAUAUUAAAGGAAAUUGAUGAACCAGCAUUGAUUCCUCAUAUAGCUGAAGCCAGCUCCAUUAAACAUCCUUAUGAGGUUCUGUUUAGGAGCUUGCAGAAGCUGCUUAUGGAUACAGCUACUUCAGAAUAUAAUUUCUGUGAAGAAUUUUUUGGGGAACAACAUAUGUUCUAUGAAAUUUUUUCAGGUCCUUUUGGUGUCAUGGAUGAGCAUUUCAAUACAAUACUUCCAAAUUGCUAUGAUGCUAUAGGUCUAAUGCUUAUGAUUCGAAUAAUACACCAGCAUCAGCUCAUUAUGUCUCGGAGGCGGAUUCCAUGCUUGGAUUCUUAUUUAGACAAGGUCAAUAUUUCCCUAUGGCCUCGGUUUAAGAUGGUAUUUGACAUGCAUCUCUACAGUUUGCGUAAUGCAAGUGUGAAGACAUUGUGGGAAGAUGACGUUCACCCUCAUUAUGUGAUGAGGCGUUAUGCUGAGUUUACUGCUUCGCUUAUCCACUUAAACUCCGAGUUUGGAGAUGGUCAGCUUGACUUGAAUCUGGAACGACUUAGAAUGGCCAUUGAUGAUUUACUUAUCAAGCUUUCCAAGAACUUCACAAAGUCAAAACUACAGAUCGUGUUUCUUAUUAACAAUUAUGAUAUGACAAUUGCUGUUCUUAAGGAAGCAGGUCCGGAAGCUGGAAAAAUUCAAAUGCACUUUGAGGAACUACUGAAAAGCAAUACAGCAUUAUUUGUGGAGGAACUGCUCCAAGAGCAUUUUAAUGAUUUAAUCAAGUUUGUAAAGGCCAAAGCCUCGGAGGAUCCAACUUCGAGUCCUGACAAACCUAUAACUAUUGCGGAAGUGGAGCCACUAGUGAAGGAUUUUGCAAGUAGGUGGAAGGCAGCGAUAGAGCUGAUGCACAAAGAUGUCAUCACGUCUUUCAGUAACUUCUUGUGUGGUAUGGAAAUCUUAAGAGCUGCAUUGACCCAAUUGUUACUGUACUAUACAAGACUCUCGGAUUCCAUCAAGAGGAUCCCUGGUGGGUCUGCAUUGAACAAGGAUCUUGUUUCCAUAUCAUCAAUCAUGUAUGAGAUUAGGAAAUAUUCGAGGACUUUCUAA